GCGAGCCCGGGCCGGAGCGGCGCGCUAGAGCCCUGACGUGCGCCCUUUUCUUUCUUCUCCCGGCCGCGGAAAGCAUGAGCGUGCAGACCCGCCGCUGCGGCGGCCGCCCCGGCUCCUCGCCCGCGCGUCCCCUGACCGCCGGUCGCCGGUGAGGGCCGCGAGCGCGCGCGCGCGGGGGGGAAGAUGGGGGCCGUGCUGAGGAGCCUCCUGGCCUGCAGCUUCUGCGUGCUGCUGAGAGCGGCCCCUUUGUUGCUUUAUGCAAACAGACGGGACUUGAGAUUGGUUGAUGCUACAAAUGGCAAAGAGAAUGCAACGACUGUAGUUGGAGGCUUGGAGGAUGCAGCUGCGGUGGACUUUGUGUUUGGUCAUGGCUUGAUAUACUGGAGUGAUGUCAGCGAAGAAGCCAUUAAGCGAACAGAGUUUAACAAAACUGAGAGUGUACAGAACGUUGUUGUUUCUGGAUUAUUGUCCCCGGAUGGGCUGGCGUGUGAUUGGCUUGGAGAAAAAUUAUACUGGACAGAUUCUGAAACUAAUCGUAUUGAAGUUUCUAAUUUAGAUGGAUCUUUACGAAAAGUUUUAUUUUGGCAAGAGUUGGAUCAACCCAGAGCUAUUGCCUUAGAUCCAUCGAGUGGGUUCAUGUACUGGACAGACUGGGGAGAAGUGCCAAAGAUAGAACGUGCUGGAAUGGAUGGUUCAAGUCGCUUAGUUAUAAUAAACACUGAAAUUUACUGGCCAAAUGGACUGACUCUUGAUUAUGAGGAGCGGAAACUUUAUUGGGCAGAUGCAAAGCUUAAUUUUAUCCAUAAAUCAAACCUGGAUGGAACAAAUCGGCAGGCAGUGGUUAAAGGUUCCCUUCCACAUCCUUUUGCUUUGACGUUAUUUGAGGACACACUGUACUGGACUGACUGGAAUACACAUUCUAUUUUGGCUUGCAACAAGUAUACUGGCGAGGGUCUGCGUGAAGUCCAUUCUAACAUCUUCUCUCCCAUGGAUAUACAUGCUUUCAGCCAACAGAGGCAGCCAAAUGCUACAAAUCCAUGUGGAAUUGAUAAUGGUGGUUGUUCCCAUUUGUGUUUGAUGUCUCCAGUCAAGCCUUUUUAUCAGUGUGCUUGCCCAACUGGGGUCAAGCUGCUGGAGAAUGGAAAAACCUGCAAAGAUGGUGCCACUGAACUAUUGCUUUUAGCUCGAAGGACAGACUUGAGACGGAUUUCUUUGGAUACACCAGACUUCACUGACAUUGUUCUGCAGUUAGAAGACAUCCGUCAUGCCAUUGCCAUAGACUACGACCCUGUAGAAGGCUACAUCUACUGGACUGAUGAUGAAGUGCGGGCCAUCCGUCGCUCCUUCAUAGAUGGCUCUGGCAGUCAGUUUGUAGUCACCGCCCAGAUCGCCCAUCCUGAUGGUAUUGCUGUAGACUGGGUUGCAAGAAACCUGUACUGGACAGACACUGGCACUGACCGGAUAGAAGUGACAAGGCUCAAUGGGACCAUGAGGAAGAUCCUGAUUUCAGAGGACUUGGAGGAGCCCCGGGCUAUUGUGUUAGAUCCCAUGGUUGGGUAUAUGUAUUGGACGGACUGGGGAGAAAUCCCAAAAAUUGAACGAGCUGCUCUGGAUGGCUCUGACCGAGUAGUUCUUGUUAACACUUCUCUUGGCUGGCCAAAUGGCCUAGCCCUGGAUUACGGUGAAGGCACAAUAUACUGGGGAGACGCCAAAACAGACAAGAUUGAGGUUAUGAAUACUGAUGGCACUGGGAGACGAGUGUUGGUGGAAGACAAAAUUCCUCACAUAUUUGGGUUUACCUUGUUGGGCGACUAUGUUUACUGGACUGACUGGCAGAGGCGGAGCAUUGAACGAGUCCACAAACGAAGCGCAGAAAGAGAGGUCAUCAUAGACCAGCUGCCUGACCUCAUGGGACUGAAGGCCACGAGUGUACACAGAGUCAUUGGUUCCAACCCCUGUGCUGAGGAGAACGGAGGAUGUAGCCAUCUUUGCCUCUAUAGGCCUCAAGGACUCCGAUGUGCCUGUCCCAUUGGCUUUGAACUCAUCAGCGACAUGAAGACCUGCAUCGUUCCUGAGGCUUUCCUUCUGUUUUCCCGGAGAGCAGAUAUCAGACGCAUCUCCUUGGAAACAAACAAUAAUAACGUGGCUAUUCCACUCACUGGUGUCAAAGAAGCUUCUGCUUUGGAUUUUGAUGUCACAGACAACAGAAUUUACUGGACUGACAUAUCACUAAAGACUAUUAGCAGAGCUUUUAUGAAUGGCAGCGCGCUGGAACAUGUUGUGGAGUUUGGCUUAGAUUACCCAGAAGGCAUGGCGGUGGACUGGCUUGGGAAGAACUUGUAUUGGGCAGACACAGGGACGAACCGCAUCGAGGUGUCAAAGGUGGAUGGGCAGCACCGACAGGUUUUGGUGUGGAAAGACCUUGACAGCCCCCGAGCGCUCGCACUGGAUCCUGCUGAAGGAUUUAUGUACUGGACCGAAUGGGGAGGGAAGCCUAAGAUUGACAGAGCUGCUAUGGAUGGAAGUGAACGUACUACCUUAGUUCCAAAUGUGGGGCGAGCCAACGGCCUAACUAUCGAUUAUGCUAAAAGGCGGCUUUACUGGACAGACCUGGACACUAAUUUAAUAGAAUCUUCAAAUAUGCUUGGACUCAACCGUGAAGUUAUAGCCGAUGACUUGCCUCAUCCUUUUGGCUUAACUCAGUACCAAGAUUACAUCUACUGGACAGACUGGAGCCGGCGCAGCAUUGAACGUGCCAACAAAACCAGUGGCCAAAACCGCACCAUCAUCCAGGGCCAUUUGGAUUAUGUGAUGGACAUCCUUGUCUUCCACUCUUCUCGGCAGGCAGGGUGGAAUGAAUGUGCCUCCAGCAAUGGGCACUGCUCCCACCUCUGCUUGGCUGUGCCAGUUGGAGGUUUUGUGUGUGGAUGCCCUGCCCACUACUCCCUGAAUGCUGACAACAGGACCUGUAGUGCUCCUACCACUUUCCUGCUCUUCAGUCAGAAGAGUGCCAUCAACCGCAUGGUGAUUGAUGAACAACAGAGUCCUGACAUCAUCCUUCCUAUCCACAGCCUUCGGAACGUCCGCGCCAUUGACUAUGACCCUUUGGAUAAGCAGCUCUACUGGAUCGACUCUCGACAAAACAUGAUCCGAAAGGCUCAAGAAGAUGGCGGCCAGGGUUUUACCGUAGUUGUAAGCUCAGCUCCAAAUCAGAACCUCGAAAUACAGCCCUAUGACCUCAGCAUUGAUAUUUAUAGCCGUUACAUCUACUGGACCUGUGAAGCUACCAAUGUCAUUGAUGUGACAAGAUUAGAUGGGCGAUCAAUUGGAGUAGUCCUAAAAGGCGAGCAAGACAGACCUCGAGCCAUUGUGGUAAACCCCGAGAAAGGGUAUAUGUAUUUUACCAAUCUUCAGGAAAGAUCUCCUAAAAUUGAGCGGGCUGCAUUGGAUGGAACAGAACGAGAGGUCCUCUUUUUCAGUGGCUUAAGUAAACCCAUUGCUUUGGCUCUUGACAGCAAGCUGGGCAAGCUCUUCUGGGCUGACUCAGAUCUCCGGCGAAUUGAAAGCAGUGAUCUCUCAGGUGCCAACAGGAUAGUGCUCGAGGACUCUAAUAUCUUGCAGCCUGUGGGUCUGACCGUGUUUGAAAACUGGCUCUAUUGGAUUGAUAAGCAGCAGCAAAUGAUUGAAAAAAUUGACAUGACUGGUCGAGAGGGAAGAACAAAGGUCCAGGCUCGAAUUGCUCAGCUGAGUGACAUUCACGCAGUAAAGGAGCUGAACCUUCAGGAAUAUAGACAGCACCCUUGUGCCCAGGAUAAUGGUGGCUGUUCACAUAUUUGCCUUGUAAAAGGAGAUGGUACUACAAGAUGCUCUUGCCCCAUGCACUUGGUUCUGCUUCAGGAUGAGCUGUCCUGUGGAGAACCUCCAACAUGUUCUCCUCAGCAGUUCACUUGUUUCACCGGGGACAUUGACUGUAUCCCUGUGGCCUGGCGGUGUGAUGGGUUUACUGAAUGUGAAGACCACAGCGAUGAGCUCAAUUGUCCUGUAUGCUCAGAAUCUCAGUUCCAGUGUGCCAGUGGGCAGUGCAUUGAUGGUGCCCUUCGAUGCAAUGGCGAUGCGAACUGUCAGGAUAAAUCAGAUGAGAAAAACUGUGAAGUGCUUUGUUUAAUUGAUCAGUUCCGCUGUGCCAAUGGUCAGUGUGUUGGAAAGCACAAGAAAUGCGACCACAAUGUGGACUGCAGUGACAAAUCUGAUGAACUGGACUGUUAUCCAACUGAGGAACCAGCACCACAGGCCACCAACACAGUUGGUUCAGUUAUUGGAGUAAUUAUCACCAUUUUUGUGUCUGGAACCAUUUACUUUAUCUGCCAGAGGAUGCUGUGUCCUCGUAUGAAGGGAGAUGGGGAGACCAUGACUAAUGACUAUGUGGUUCACGGCCCAGCAUCUGUGCCCCUCGGUUAUGUUCCUCACCCAAGCUCCCUGUCGGGUUCUCUUCCAGGAAUGUCUCGAGGCAAAUCAAUGAUCAGUUCGCUCAGUAUCAUGGGGGGAAGCAGUGGACCCCCCUAUGACCGAGCCCAUGUCACGGGAGCAUCAUCAAGCAGCUCUUCAAGCACCAAAGGCACUUACUUCCCUGCAAUUUUGAACCCACCACCAUCACCUGCCACAGAGCGGUCUCAUUAUACCAUGGAAUUUGGUUAUUCUUCUAACAGUCCUUCUACACAUAGGUCCUACAGCUACAGGCCGUAUAGCUACCGGCACUUUGCACCGCCUACUACACCCUGCAGCACUGAUGUCUGUGACAGUGACUAUGCUCCUAGCCGGAGAAUGACCUCAGUGGCAACAGCCAAGGGCUACACCAGUGACUUGAAUUAUGACUCAGAACCUGUGCCCCCACCGCCCACACCCCGAAGCCAGUACUUGUCAGCAGAGGAGAACUAUGAAAGCUGCCCCCCUUCUCCGUACACUGAGAGAAGUUACUCCCACCACCUCUACCCACCGCCGCCCUCCCCCUGCACAGACUCCUCCUGAGGAGGGGCCCUCCUCCUCUGACUGCCUCCACCGGGAAAUGUAAAUACACAUCUGGUUGAGAUCUGGAGGGGGGGAGGGAGCUCUAGAGAAGCGCGCGGCAGACCCUGUACAGUUAACAUUAUAAAGUGGUGGGUACUGGAGAUAUUUGUACAGAAGAAAAGGAUAUUUAUAUAUUUUCUUAAAACAGCAGAUUUGCUGCUUGUGCCAUAAAAGUUUGUAUAAAAAUAAAUUUGUACUAAAAGUUUUAUUUUUGCAAACUAAAUACACAAAGCAUGCCUUAAGCCCAGUGAGGUGACUGAGUACAAAGGAAACAGGAAAAUAAAGACAUCACUGACCAGGAAUGUCUGGGUUUUAAUGAUACCAAAAAAUAAAAAGAAGAAAGUAAUCUCAUCUUAGAGUGGCAAACUUGGAAGUAGCCAAAUCGCCUUCAGGUUAACUAACGUUUGAGGGCCAACAAGUUAAGAAACCAUGAAAGGAAAAAUCACAAUACUAACUUUGGACAAAGGGCUUUGCUUUCUCUAGGAAUCCAACAAUCUUCAAGAGGAAAAUAGAUACUUGUAAAAUCCAUUUUUGAGUGUUGUUGUAGGAGAUGGAGUGUCUAUUUCAGGGCGCUGUGGAGCUGCUGAGAGCCCGUGCCUGUCACAGUUCAUGUCAACACUAGCUGCUUUUACUCUAUUGCCUCCCCAGCAACUUGUAGGCCGUUUUGCCAAGAGCCAUGAUUUAUUUAAGCUUCUUAAUCUGAGAAAUUGAUUAAAUGGAACUUACUAAACAAGGGAUUGGUUUCAAUGUACCUACUGUGUUUGUUCUCCAUUUGGCUGAGCUUUUAAGUUGUUGGCUGUUUUUGCAUAAUCAAAAGUUAGCCAUAUUAUUGGUCUUCCAUGAUUGUUUUAAUGCUCAUUAAAGUGUCUUUUUACAACACAUAUAAACAAUGCUUAAAAAUCACAAAUUAACUGUUAUAUUCUUGUAAAUUAGUUUUAUCCUUGCAGCGUACAAUAUCACAGUGUGAAACCAUUUUAUGUAUAUUUUUCAAGUAAAACAUUUAAAUGUGCUCUGGUUAGAAACAGUCUAUUUAAAAAGAAGAUUGUUUUUGUUUUUGUUGUUGUUGUCUUGUUGUUAGUAGGGUUCCUCUGUAUUAAGUGUUGUGACAUUUUUGCUUUGUGUGGACCAGCUCUUCUCAAGAGUGCCGUCCGCAGGCAUGCCUCCAAGUAUGGUGUGAGAUUUCUUCUUGUUUUGCACUGUGAAUGUGUUUGUUUUCACGAGAUCCGCAGUCGGUCCUUAGAGUCACCUCCUGUGUUUAUGUAUGUGUUCUCUAUUAGCUUACUAUGGACUUAGGUAACUGCACACAUUUGACAGUGGGGAUUAAAUGAGAAGACUCACUGUGCACUUCUCAGCUGCAGGAUCGUGAGCAGUGGAGACUAAUGAACAUCUCUUCUGUCACAUGCCUGACCUGCUCUCAUGUACCAGGCUGCUACAUCUGUCACUCUCAGGGCUGGCCUAUGGCAUGACCCUAACACUGCUCUGCCGCCGCUGUGCUUUUUACACGUGUCUAGCUCCUCUGCUAAAGUUCAACUGGUUUUUUGUGUGUGUGUGU